AGAACUCACCUAUAAGAAUUCUCCAAUUUUAUAAUGCAUCAUUUAAAGAAAUCCUUUUGACAGUUUCUCCAUCAAUGUCUAUUUGUUUGAUAGGUCUUUAACAACAUUCUCUCUCUCUCUCUCUCUCUCUCUCUCUUGGUUCCAAUAAGCCUCUCUAAUGGCUGCUCAAACUUCAGCCAAAAGCCUGCUACAUUUAUCAUCAUCUUCUUCAUCAUGUCCUUGUUUUGGGACUUCAAAACAAUCAAAUUUGAUAAAGUCGAGGAAAACCCAGGUGGGGUUUGAACCAAGAGGACUCACCCAAUACACAAAGCCAAUAAAUGUUGAGACCUUAUCAUUGAGUUACACGAGUGGAAAAAGAGUGGUGGUGGAAGAGAGAAAGAAGAGAUGGGAGGUGAAGUGUACGGCGGAGGGAAUAGAGAGAGGGGUGUUGAUGGGGAGGAGAGGAAGAGAAGAAGCGGUGGCUACUGUCAAAGAAUUGGUGCCAGAGAGGUUUAAGGUGGUGGCUUUGAUGGCCUGUGUUAUGUGCCUGUGUAAUGCUGACAGGGUCGUCAUGUCAGUUGCUGUUGUCCCGCUAGCGACAAAAUUUGGGUGGUCCAAUUCUUUCUUGGGUAUUGUGCAGUCGUCCUUUUUAUGGGGAUAUAUAUUUUCAUCUGUGGUUGGAGGAGCCUUAAUUGACAAGUAUGGGGGAAAGAGAGUGUUGGCAACUGGUGUGGCCUUGUGGUCAUUGGCCACCCUGCUCACCCCUUGGGCUGCCAACCACUCCACAACCAGCCUCUUGGCCAUUCGUGCUUUCUUCGGAUUGGCUGAAGGCGUAGCUCUACCUGCCAUGGGCAUCAUUUUGUCAAGGUGGUUUCCAAACCAUGAACGAGCAAGUGCAGUGGGUAUCUCCAUGGCUGGAUUUCAUCUUGGCAAUGUAGCAGGCUUACUACUAACUCCAAUUAUGUUGUCAUCAAUUGGAAUUACUGGUCCUUUCAUUCUCUUCGCAUCACUUGGGUUAAUCUGGUUGUCAACAUGGACACAAGUCACAAAUGAUCCACAAGAAAGCCAAUUUAUUAGUAAAUCAGAGCUGCGACUAAUCCAGGCUGGAAAAAAUGACUCUCCAGUAAGCGAUGGCAAGUUCCCACCUAUACGGCUCUUAUUAUCAAAAUUACCAACAUGGGCUAUCAUAUUGGCUAAUAUAACUAACAAUUGGGGAUACUUUGUUCUUCUCUCAUGGAUGCCUGUUUAUUUCAAGACUGUAUUUAAUGUGAACCUGAAGCAAGCAGCAUGGUUUAGUGCCGUUCCAUGGGGAACAAUGGCACUUUCUGGCUAUGUUGCAGGUGCAACUUCAGAUUAUUUAAUCAAGGCAGGCGUCAAUUUGACAUUAGUACGCAAGAUAAUGCAGUCUAUUGGUUUCAUUGGACCUGGGGUGUCAUUGCUUUGCUUGAAUUUUGUUAAUACACCUGUACAAGCGUCAGUCCUCAUCACAAUAGCCUUGAGCUUGAGCUCUUUCAGCCAAGCUGGCUUUCUCCUCAACAUACAAGAUAUAGCUCCUCAGUGUGCUGGACUUCUUCAUGGGAUUUCAAAUUCUUUCGGGACACUAGCAGCAAUAGUCAGCACAAUUGGAACUGGUUAUUUUGUACAGUGGUUGGGAUCUUUCCAGGCAUUCUUGACUGUCACAGCUGGACUCUAUUUCAUGUCAACUGUAUUCUGGAACCUGUUUGCUACUGGAGAGCGAGUAUUCUAGCACUAGAAUGAAAUUUCAUACAAUUUAGCAUCCUACCAUUUUCUCCUAAUACUAGGAAAUUCUAUUGGGAAAUUUAGAAUGAAAAAUUGUGCAUGAAUGGUUUGAAAAUGAUGAGUAUUUUUUAAUUUUUUUUGGGUUUGGCACAUGUUAAGCGGGGAGGGAGAAUUUGAAUCGUGAAUAUCUUUGUUGGAAGCGUCAAGAAAUGUUAUCUAACCUAAAGGUCAUUAGCUAGAAGUGAUGAGUAAUUUGAUGGUCUCUCUGCAAGAAAACAUCAAAUUACAUGCCAUUUAUUUUUUUGUUUUUUUGGUUCCUUUCCAUUUGUAGAUGUUGGAUUCAGUUGCAGUACAGAAAGAAAUUGAAACAAUGUGAGAAAAUAGUAUAUUAUAGUUAUCAACAUCGACGCUCAAUUGUUUAUUUA